ACUGAACGUGGUACAUUCCAAGAUGGCGGCCUCCAUGGUGUGUCGGCGUGUGUUGUUUUCCAAGUCCAGGUUAUCCACGCUCGGCAGCUCAGUGACAGGAAAAAGAAGUAUAUUAUCUGCAUCAUACAUCAGUGACAAGAAAUGGGAGAAAUGGGAAAAGGAGCCCCAUAACUUGGCGGAAUUGUCAUCUUUAAUGGACAGGACAUAUGAAAAAAAGCUUCCAGUUAGUUCUCUGACAAUAGCUCGGUUUGUAGACAAUAUUUCAUGCAGAGAAGAAGUAGACCAAGCAGAAUACUAUCUGUACAAGUUUCGGCACAGUCCCAACUGCUUUUAUUUGAGAAGCUGGACUGUACAUUGCUGGAUUCGCCAGUGUCUGAAAUAUGGAGCUCCCGAGAAAGCUCUUUAUACUUUGAAAAAUAAGGUUCAGUAUGGAGUUUUUCCUGAUGACUUCACAUUCAACUUAUUACUGGAUACAUUUAUCAAAACUGAGAAUUACCAAGACGCUGUAUCAGUUGUGACUGAGAUAAUGCUGCAAGAGAGCUUUGAGCAAGUGUCUACACAGCUGCUGUCCCUUUAUGCCUUACACAAAUAUCUUUCUGGGAAACCAGAUCUCAAGUGGGAUCAAGAAAGAAAUGUUGCUGCAUCACUGUUACUGGCUGGAUUAAAACAGGAAAACACAGUGGGUUACAGCUCCCAGCUGUAUGGCUACUCUCUCCUUGGAAAAGGGGAACUUUGCAAUGGACUAAGAGCUGUGUAUAAUCAGAUACCACUAAUGUGGACCCCAGGGUAUUAUAGAAGAGCCCUUAAUGUAAUGGAAACGGUAUCGGCACUGCCAGGAGACAUUAAGCUCUGCAGGGAAAGUAUUGACAUUCUGAAAGACUCUUUAGACUUUGCAGUUGCUCAACAUCUGGAGAAAAAGUCUGAAGUUUUGGAAAAGGAUCCAGAGAAGACAGAGGCUGACUUCCUGCAGGAUUACCUUCAUAGAUUCCAGGAGCUGAGUGCAAAGCUGGAAUCUCUGGGUAAAAUUGCAACUGAUAGUCUGCAGGACCUGACCACACAGCUUGUCCGAGAGAGACUUCCAGACUGCGAGAAGAGUGAUAUUGCAAUAUAUGAAGAACAACUCAGAGAAUGGCAAGAGGAACGAGUGCAACUGACUGUCAGGGAAAAGGAGAUGAGAGAAAAGGCAAAAGAAGAAUUUGAAGCCAGGAAAGCUGCUAGUUCUGCUACUGCUGUAUGAUACUGUACCAGCCCAAUAGGAGAUACUGGGCUUUCCUUUCAGCUGUAAAGGACAACUUAUCCCUAUUAAAUAUCAGGGCAUAUUCAGAGCAUAAUGUUUCCUGUGUUUGGUCUCUCUAUCUUACACACACACUCAUCCUCUAUCUCUCUAUCGUGCCCCUACCUGUAUCCAAAAUAGUAAAAGGUGUGUGCUUGUGAAGUGGGUGCAAAGCAGACUGGAGACCCUUGCCAGGGGUUACAUAGACAUACAAGAAAAAAAUACUGCUGCAGCACCUCUUAGUUGCAAAAGUGAAAAAUGUAUUAGGCCAGACAACCAGGCCUAAUAAAUUCAAUUCAAAAUCUUUACUUUUUAAACUAAGAGGUGCUGCAGCAGUAUUUUUUCCUGGAUGCCCUUACCUGUAGAGGAGAUUCAUGAACAAUAUGUUGUGCAUCAUCCUUUUAGCCUCUUGAGAAGCAUUUAUCUAAAUAAGGUACCAUCCAUCCAUUAGUAUAAAUGCUAAUAUGCAGAGAAGUGUUUCUGUACAUGACCCCAAAAUUUUCUGUCUGUGUAACGGAGAACACAUAAAAGACAAGACCUCUACUCCCUUGAUAUUUUGAACGAGGCAUUACCUUGCCUGAAUACUUCAGUGUGUCGUUUCCCUUUUAAAAUCCAUGUCUCCGGCUGCUAAUUUAUUUGUAUUUUCAUAACAUUUCUCAUUUUCAUCUUUAUAUAUUUUGUAUGAUUUGAUCAUUCAGCUGAAAUAUCUAGGUCUAAAAGAUAAAAUUGGUGUUUUAUAUGAGAUUAAUGACUUGUCCCCGCUGGGAAAUGAUCUGUGCUGUCUGAAAUGCUAAUGGCUUGUAAUUCCGUUUUUCCUUCUUUUCUUUUUCUUUAAACAAAUUAAAGCGUUUACAACAUA